CUGACUCUCAAGAUAUAUACAGACUCUUCUGGAAUUGUAGUAAAUAUAAAAGCUAGAAGAUAUCAUGGGGGAAAGCAUCUCAUAUUCACCUUCAUACUCAACAACUACAAUCCGAUCUUCGCAUCACAACCAAGCUAUCUUCGCAUUUUAGAAAAUCUUCUUGAUACCAAGACAAAUCGUCUAUCAAUCAUAACCCCUAAUCACAUACCCUACCAAACCAUAACUACCCCAAAACUCAAAAUGGUCGCAUACACUUCUCUCUUCACCGCCGCCACCAUCCUCGGCCUCACAACCGCCGCCCCCCAAACCAUCCGCUCAACUGGCGUCGUGCACCGCAUCUUCGCCGGCUCGACCGUCGAGAACGGCGGUCUCCACUUUGAGCCUCAAAACGUCGUUGCCGAAGUAGGCGACCUCAUCCAAUUCCACUUCCUCGCCAAGAACCACUCCGUAACGCAAUCCUCCUUCGACAAGCCCUGCGAGCCGCUCGACACGGGGAAAGGCGUCUUCUCGGGCUUCAACUUCCGCACCGACGCCGGCGAGGCGGCGAAUGUGUUUGAAUUCACUGUGCAGAACAAAGACCCCUUUUGGUACUACUGUAGCCAGCCCAAUGGUGAUCAUUGCCAAAAGGGUAUGAGCGGUGUCAUUAACCAGAUUUUCGAUGGCGCGAAGACGUUGGCGGCGUACAAGGAGAAGGCGAAGACGGCCGUGACCAAGCAGCCUUCUGCUGAUAUUUUGGCUAGCCAGGGGGGUGUUAUUGUGCCCAAUAAGCCUUUGUAG